AUAUAUGCACACAGAAAACCGCAGUAUGAUAAAAUAUACUGUUGGCUGGAUGGCGCCACGUGUUUCACGAUUUUCCUCAUUGCCAGGCAUUGCCGUGAAAGUAUGGAGAGUGAGGUUGGGUGAACCAGGUGAGCACGUUUCAGCAUGUCAACUGAUAAGAAAGUCUCGGAUGUCACGGAAAAGAUAUCCGAAAUGGGCGUGGAGGAGCCGGGAAGGAAGCUAACUCAUAAGGAAAAGAAGAAACUUAAGAAACAGCAGGAAUAUGAGAAAACGAUGGAAAUGUUAACCAAGACCGGUGGCCAGGGUCACAGCGAACUCGAAAGCAAUUUCACCGUCUCCCAGUCUCAGACUCAACAACGCACUAAUCAACAAUUAGAGAAUGCCGUCGACAUCAAGGUAGAGAAUUUCAGUAUUGCUGCUAAAGGGAAAGAGCUCUUCACCAAUGCCAGCCUCUUGAUAGCCCAGGGAAGACGUUAUGGCCUGGUAGGGCCAAAUGGUCAUGGAAAAACUACUUUAUUGCGUCAUAUAGCGAAAAGAUUAUUUGCCAUUCCUCCAAACAUAGAUGUUUUAUAUUGCGAACAAGAAGUUAUUGCUGAUGAUACACCAGCUGUUGAAGUAGUACUCAAUGCAGAUGAGAAAUGUAAAGAAUUGUUGACAGAAUGUAAAAAAUUAGAGGGAUUAGUGGAGCAAGGAGACACAUCUGUUCAAAGUAGAUUACAAGAGGUUUAUGAGGAGCUGAAAAUUAUUGGAGCAGAUUCUGCUGAACCACGUGCUAGGAGAAUUCUUGCUGGUUUAGGGUUUAGUCGUGCUAUGCAAGAUCGUGCAACAAAGAAUUUCUCUGGUGGUUGGCGUAUGCGUGUUUCCCUUGCAAGAGCACUUUUCUUAGAACCUACACUAUUAUUGCUUGAUGAACCGACAAAUCAUUUAGACUUGAAUGCUGUUAUUUGGUUAGACAAUUACUUACAAGCUUGGAAGAAAACACUACUUAUUGUUUCUCAUGACCAGAGUUUCCUAGAUAAUGUGUGCACAGAUAUAAUUCAUUUAGAUCAACAGAAAUUGUUUUAUUAUAAAGGAAAUUAUAGUAUGUUCAAGAAAAUGUAUGAGCAGAAAAGAAAGGAGAUGAUAAAAGCAUAUGAGAAACAAGAGAAGAGACUUAAGGAUCUUAAAUCUUCAGGUCAGAGUAAAAAACAAGCAGAGAAAAAACAAAAAGAAGCUUUGACUAGGAAACAAGAGAAAAAUAGAACGAAAAUGCAAAAACAAGAAGAUGAUAAUUCGCCUGCAGAAUUAUUACAGAAACCAAGAGAAUAUAUAGUCAAAUUCAGUUUCCCUGAUCCACCUCCCUUGCAGCCGCCUAUUCUUGGUCUUCAUAACGUGACAUUUCAAUACGAGGGACAAAAACCAUUAUUUAUUGAAGUCGACUUUGGAAUAGACUUAAGUUCCAGAGUGGCUAUAGUAGGACCUAAUGGUGUGGGUAAAUCUACAUUUUUGAAGUUAUUAACCGGUGACUUACAGCCCCUGAAAGGAGAUUUAAUAAGAAAUCAUCGAUUGAGAAUCGGAAAGUUCGACCAACACUCUGGUGAACAUUUGACCGCAGAAGAAACACCGGCAGAAUAUUUGAUGCGUCUAUUUAAUCUUCCGUACGAGAAAGCUAGAAAACAAUUAGGAACAUUUGGAUUAAGUUCUCACGCACACACGAUCAAAAUGAAAGAUUUAUCAGGAGGUCAAAAGGCGCGUGUCGCGUUAGCAGAGUUGUGUUUAAAUGCCCCUGACGUUGUAAUUUUAGAUGAACCGACAAACAAUUUAGAUAUAGAAUCUAUUGAUGCCUUAGCCGAUGCUAUCAAUGAAUAUAAAGGCGGAGUAAUUAUCGUUUCUCACGACGAGCGUUUAAUUAGAGACACGGAAUGUUGUUUAUAUGUAAUCGAGAACCAGCAAAUUAACGAGAUCGAUGGAGACUUCGAUGACUAUAGGAAAGAAUUAUUGGAAAGUCUUGGCGAAGUUAUUAAUAAUCCAAGUAUAGCUGCAAAUGCGGCUGUUCUACAGUGAUCACAUUUGCCUUCAUUGAACUGUUUUUCGAUGGCUUGUAUAAUUGAUCCUUUUUAAAAUGAAUACUCAUUCAGAUCAUCAAAUAUAUUUUAUGUAAUCGGUUCCCUCUCCAUAAAAUCAAUUUUUAUUAUAGAUUUUAAAAUGCGGUCUUCAAUGUUUUUAUUGCGACAGAGUACUUCGUUUACAAUUCAAUAUGAAAUAUGUUAAAAUAAAUAUCAAAUCUGUUACUAAAAUA